AUGAAUGGGCGUGUACACACCAUUUUGAGCACCUCAGUUCCUAAGAGCAAACUGAUAGAACUGAUCGAUGACAUCAGUGCCGUUGCUGAUCUCAAAACGGGAUGGAAUUGCAAGUCAUGGCUAUGUGUUGAACCACUACAUUACACACAGACCGAUAGCUAUAACUGUGGUGUGAUUGUAUGUCUUUUUGCUCGGUGUUUGUGUGAGGGGUUGGAUAUCAAUGGAAGUUACGAUGUGGACAUGGAAAGGGAAAGAAUAACGUCUGUCAUAUUUGGCUCGUGUUAUGAUGACCUUGAUUGGUAAG